CCGAUAAUAUUUCGAUUGUCUUGUGCUGUUAAAGGUUAAUUGUAGUUGCUAUUAAUUCACUCGACUCUCUUUAUACGUAUUAACUAGGUGGGUUGAUUCAAUUGUGAGAGGGAGUAAAAGUGAGAAUUAACGUGUUUUUUUCAUUUAAUGCAUUAACUGUCUAUCAACUGUAUUUUGUUUUGAUAUCAAUGAAAGUGAGUAAACUUGAAUUUUAUUUAAAGACACUUUACCUGUGAGUCUUUUGCAUCAGUUAAUCAUUUGAGUCGAUUCAUCAGUUGGACAGGAUUGUUAAUAGUGUUAAAUCACAAUUGAAUCAAUUCUUUAACCAGUUUGUUCUCAAGUUGUUUCCAUUGUCGAAUUCAAUUACAGUUAAAUCAUGUCCAAUCCUAGUUUCUUCACUGAAUCAUCUUUAUUAAAUGUUUCAUCGGCCUUUCUCAAUGGCUCGGAAAGUGUCCGGACUAUGGCCAUUGCUCCAGUUGGACCUCCUCUAUUGAAAACGAUUCAUGAUUACUUGAUCACAACUCUUCUUGUUGCAGUCAUGUUUGCCAUGGGAUGUUCAAUUACAUUGGAAGAAGUUUGGAACCAUGUUCGCAGACCAUACGGAAUAUUGACUGGAAUGAUCAGUCAGUUUUUAUUGUUACCGUUUUCAGCUUACUGUUUGGUCCAUGUACUUGCUAUUGACCCUUUGCAUGCUGCUGGUCUCCUCAUUUUGGCCUCAAGUCCAGGAGGAGUUACUUCCAAUAUAUUCACAUUUUUCUGUGAUGGCGAUGUCUCAUUAAGUGUUACAAUGACUUCAAUAUCCACAAUCGCGGCUCUUGUGAUGAUGCCUUUCAAUAUUUGGCUGUAUGGACGAUCUCUUGAAUCUGAUACAAUUGUUAUUCCUUACGCUAGCAUGACAACUUCACUGUUCUUCCUAACACUUCCAGUUCUCUUCGGAAUGAUUGUCUUCUGGAAAUGGCCGAAGGUCGCUCCAUUUUUAACCAAAUUUGGUAGUAUUGCCGGUUUCCUGAUCAUCAUUGUCUGUGAAGCCAUGGAAGUCAUGAUUUUCCCCGAUAUUUUCGAUGAUAUUCCAGCUAAACUAUAUAUCGCCGAAGUAGCAUUACCUGUUCUUGGUCUUGCAUUAGGUUUUGGUUGUGCUUCAAUCUUUUCACUUCCAUAUGCCUCUCGAAGGACUGUUGCUAUUGAAUGUGGAGUUCAAAAUGUUGGAACUGCUUUGGCCAUUGUUUCUCUAUCAUAUCCAUUCGAGCAAUUACGGAAAGUUUGGCUUUUCCCAUUCCUUUAUGCCUUCUCUAUGCUCGGUGUUUGUGUUGUGAUGGCUGUCGUUUAUCAAACAUAUAAACAUCUUGCUGGUAAAAAGGUUUACAUCAAUGAUGAUAUCCCAUCGAAUCGGGAUAAAAUUCAAACCCAAUUCUCUGGUUUACCCAUGACUGAACCAGAAGAUGGUGAUCCUAUGAUCAAUAGUGAUUGUGAAUCUGGUUACUGACAUUGUUACCGUUGAAGUGAUGUCCAUGCCAAAAGUUUAACCACUGUAACCAAUGUAUUUUUCAACUGCUUUCAUCAACUCACAAUUUAUGUUCAACUAAAUCAUUGAAUUCAAUUUCCAAUGUCAUUUCCAAGAGAUUUUCACGAAAAGAUUUCCUUUCCUCGCUCAAUUGUUCAAUCGCUACGAGGAUAAAUGAUCAAAGGAAUAAUCUUCAAGCCAAUCAAACAAAAUCAAUAGAAUCAAGGAUUCAGUGAAUUGCACUAAAUCGCUGAAUGAUUAAAUGUAGUUUGAAUUUGACAAAACCUGUGUACAUAAAAAUGCUGUAAACAAACUAAUUGUACUCAUCAAUGAAAAACAUUGUAUUUACUUUUGUAUCAUUAAUAGAUGUAAAAUUAACGCUUUAA